CACCCUCGCCGUGCGUCUCUUUCCCCUCGCACGCCUUGCUACCCUCUCUCUCCCGAUCCAUCCACCGGCGGCGCCGGCGGAGGGGGAGGCUGCCAGGCCAGGUUAGCUCACACAUGUUCUAGGCUAUUGAAGAAUUUCUGCUUCAGAUGGCUGGGGCUCUGUGUAGAUCUUGUUCUCCGGUUCCAUUAUUGUGGGCUCUUCUGUUGCUGACUGUGUCACGAGGCAAUGCAUUCUACUUGCCUGGCAGCUACAUGCACACAUACUCCCAAGGUGAGGAAAUAUGGGCCAAGGUGAACUCUCUCACAUCCAUUGAGACAGAGAUGCCAUUCAGCUACUACAGCUUGCCAUACUGCCGGCCCCAAGGCGGCAUCAAGAAGAGCGCUGAGAACCUUGGUGAACUUCUCAUGGGUGAUCAGAUAGACAACUCGCCUUACAAGUUCCGUGUGAAUGUUAAUGAGUCCCUCUACCUCUGCACGACAAAAGGGCUAAAUGAGAAUGACACAAAGCUCCUCAAGCAGCGCACACGUGACCUCUACCAGGUUAACAUGAUGCUGGACAAUUUGCCUGUCAUGCGUUUUACUGAGCAGAAUGGUGUUACUGUACAGUGGACUGGGUUUCCUGUCGGUUACACUCCAGCUGGAAUCUCAGAAGAUUACAUCAUCAACCAUUUAAAGUUUAAGGUGUUGGUCCAUGAGUAUGAGGGCAAGAAUGUGGAGAUCAUUGGCACGGGGGAAGAAGGAUCUGGUGUCAUAUCUGAAUUUGACAAGAAAGGGAUGUCUGGGUAUCAGAUUGUUGGUUUUGAAGUUGUGCCUUGCAGUGUGAAGCGUGAUGCUGAGGCUUUCUCCAAGCGUAACAUGUAUGACAUCAUUGAACCUGUGAACUGCCCAAUGGAACUUCAGAAGUCUCAGGUGAUCAGGCAACAGGAGAGGAUCACUUUCACUUAUGAUGUUGAGUUUGUGAAGAGUGACAUUAGGUGGCCAUCUAGGUGGGAUGCUUAUUUGAAGAUGGAGGCAGGUGCUAAAGUCCACUGGUUCUCCAUUAUGAACUCCCUAAUGGUGAUCCUGUUCUUGGCUGGAAUUGUCUUUGUUAUAUUCUUGAGAACUGUCAGGAGGGACUUGAUGAGGUAUGAAGAGCUCGACAAGGAAGCUCAGGCACAGAUGAAUGAGGAGCUAUCUGGGUGGAAGCUUGUUGUGGGAGAUGUAUUCAGAGAGCCGACUUGCCCUAAGCUGCUGUGUGUCAUGAUUGGUGAUGGUGUUCAGAUUUUGGGCAUGUCAAUAGUAACAAUUGUUUUUGCCACACUUGGGUUCAUGUCUCCAGCAUCAAGAGGAAUGCUUCUCACCGGGAUGAUCAUUCUCUAUCUUUUCCUUGGUAUUGCGGCUGGGUACGUCAGUGCGCGGCUGUGGAAAACUAUUAAGGGCAUAUCUGAAGGGUGGAGAUCAGUUUCCUGGUUAACUGCCUGCUUUUUCCCUGGUGUCAUGUUCGUGGUCCUUACUGUCUUAAACUUUGUCUUAUGGGGAAGCAAGAGCACUGGAGCUUUACCUAUCUCUCUAUUUUUUGCCCUUCUAGCUCUUUGGUUCUGCAUAUCUGUGCCGUUAACUCUUGUUGGUGGCUUUGUUGGUGCAAGAGCAGCACAGAUAGAGUUUCCUGUGCGUACCAAUCAGAUCCCGAGAGAAAUCCCUGCACAGAAAUACCCGUCAUGGCUUCUUGUCCUUGGUGCAGGAACGCUGCCAUUCGGAACCCUGUUUAUUGAGCUCUUCUUCAUUCUGUCAAGCAUUUGGCUUGGAAGGUUCUACUAUGUGUUUGGCUUUCUGCUGAUUGUCCUGGUGCUGCUCGUCGUUGUCUGCGCUGAGGUCUCUGUAGUCCUAACAUACAUGAACCUCUGUGUGGAGGACUGGAGGUGGUGGUGGAGAGCUUUCUUUGCCUCCGGAUCUGUUUCGAUUUAUGUGUUCCUCUACUCCAUCAACUACUUGGUCUUUGACCUCAGAAGCCUGAGCGGGCCUGUCUCUGCCAUACUUUACAUUGGUUACUCAUUUCUCAUGGCGUUUGCAAUCAUGCUGGCCACUGGAACCAUUGGAUUUUUGACAUCAUUCUCCUUUGUGCACUACCUCUUCUCAUCCGUGAAGAUUGAUUGAGUGAAGAUCACUGUAUUCCAUGGCCUUUGAUUUGUAUCGCCUUUGUGUGGGUGUGAGCUUCACUAUGAGAUGCACUGUUUAUUGUUUGGGGGUGAUUUUGAUCAACUGCAGAUGCUUUAAGAUGAAAUGCAUUCUCCACCUAGCGGAUGUAGCUUUUUUCUUAUCUCUACUCCAACUGCUGAGUUUUAACUGCUAGAACUAAUGUAGAUAUAUGCAACCAGCUUUGUAAGGGUUUAGGAGCAAGGCUGUUGAUUCCGUGCUUGUCAGAUAAAAUUAUAUCUUAUCGACGUGAAAAUGUAUCCACCUGUCGUUCUGGAUAAAAUUCUGAUGUGUGAACUGAAGAUUACAUAGCUGUUGUCUGCUCUUGACGAAAUUCACUAUACGGUUCCAAAUACUUGUUUCCUUGUCAAAAUUUUAUUGUACUACCACUGCAAGUACCUGUUUUCUUGUCAUUUCUUUUAAAAUAAAUUUGUCUACGGCUCUACAU